GAAAUCUGGGGCUGAUUAUUGAGCAUCUAUUCUUGCAACAACAUUCUCCAUUUUAUGCUAAAAUGGUAGCUUCUGACGAAUCUGGAAGCAUCGGCUAUGAUAAUGACAAUUUCGAAUUCGAAUUCGAACCCCAACAGCCACUAGAACCACAAGAAGAAUCAUCCCAAGACGACUCACAUCAUUCCAUGGGUAAUAAUACUAAACAGAAUUCAAUAUUCUCCCUUACUCUGGAUGAAAUUCAAUGCAAGAGUGGGAGGAAUUUUGGGUCCAUGAACAUGGAUGAGUUCCUUGCCAACAUUUGGAGUGUUGAAGAAGAAAAUCAAACACAACAAGAACCCAGCCAAUGUGACCAAGAGGCCAGUGACAAAGACACAACUAUCAACCCCAGUACUCUGUCCCGGCAGGGCUCGUUCUCCAUCCCCAUCCCGCUUUGCAAGAAAACCGUGGACGAGGUCUGGUUGGAAAUCGAUAGAAGUCGACCACAACACCAUGACCCUGACAGCAACAUUAGCAAUUCUGUACCCCCGCAGCGCCAGCAAACAAUCGGAGAAAUUACGCUAGAAGAUUUCCUCAUAAAAGCCGGGGUUGUUCAAGAAUCUCCCCCCAAGUCCAAACCUUCUCUGAAGAGGAUGGAAAGUACCCUAAUUCAACAGCAAUGUGGUGACACUAAUAUGGGAAAUGAGAUCAGCACAGGUUUGGAUGCAAGUUUUGGAAUUGGGGAACAGUUUUUUGGUUCAGGAUUUUUUAAUCUCCCAAAUGAUUCAAGCAAUUUGUCAGGGAAUGGAUAUGCAAUUGGUGCUACAUACCCAAUGUUGGGUAGACAGAGUAAAAUGAUUGUGGGAAAUCCAUCUUGUGUUAGUGCAAUUGAGAAAUGCCAUAGCUUGCCGGAAUCGAGCAGUGGGGGUGGUGGAGCAAAGAACAAGAAGAGGAUAAUAGAUGGUCCACCGGAGGUAGUAGUCGAGCGGAGGCAACGCAGGAUGAUCAAGAAUCGAGAGUCAGCAGCAAGGUCUCGUGCCAGGAAACAGGCAUAUACUGUGGAACUGGAAGCUGAGCUGAAUCAACUUAAAGAGGAGAACACAAAGCUGAAGCAAAAUGUGGCCGAAUCUGAACAGAAGAGGAAGCAAGAGCUAUUGGGAAAGAAACAAUCUACAAGAGCACAAAAAUUGGCAGAAAAGUUGAGGACAAUGAGAAGGGCAGCAAGCUUGGCAUGGUGAACGGAAUUCAACGUGGCAGAAAGGACAAACAAUGCAUGCAAUGUGAGGGGCAUACCACUGUGUGUGUGUGUGUGUAUGUAAAUAGCCCAUGUCUUGACAUCAGAAAUGCAAAUUGUAUUUGUAAUGUGUAGCAAUGAGUAAAUGGAUAUGGUCCUAGAAAUAAGCGGAUGAUGAUGUAACAAUAAAAUG